AGAAGAAAGGGAGAGAGAAGGUGUGCUGUUUGAGGGUGUGGGGAGGGGCAAGAGGAGUGUUCGUCCAAAAGUAAGGAGAGAGCGGACCCCUCUUGAGAGAUCUACUGACACCCCUUCCUCCGGCAUGGCAGACAUUACAUCUGUCCAAUGGCAGGCCAUGCUGGACGCAGCAGACGAGAGUCAGAAACCGUUCUUCCAAAAGUUGUAUGAUGAUGCCGUACAGAAGGAAAGGGAGGCAGAGGCAGCAGCUAGAGAUACAAGUAUAGCUGCUCAGGAGGCCCUCCUACAGGUCCCGGAAGCCAAUACUGACCGGUUCUUGGAGGGGCUAGCUGCGGCCGUCGCAGCCUUGGUUCGACUGCGGAACUUGGAAGAUUUUGAGGCCCGCGUAACAGCGCUGGAGCAGCGGAACCAAGAGCUGCAGGCUGAGAUAACCAGCCUCAAACAGUCCCAACUGUCUGCCCCCCGCCCUCCUAACCCUCAGUCUGUUGUAGUCCCGGUCUCUCAAUCAAACACAACCCUCAUAGUAAGAUCAAGUGAAACCAUGGCAAGCGCAGGAACUGGUGCCAGCUCCUCAAGCGGCAGCGCCAGCAGUUCUGCGCUGGUCAUGGUCCCAAAUGCAGGGACUUCAACCCAAAACGCCACAGUCCUUACUGGCGUUCAGUACAACACUCCCAUGGUGGACAAGCGGGCGGCCACGCUGCCGUCCAAGUACGAUGGGAAGACAGACACCAACUCUUGGAUUAGUUCCAUGCGGUCGUACUUCGAGGUCAUGCGAACACCGCAAGAGGACCAAAGUAUGAUUAUGGGAACUAAUACUGAGCCCGCCGUACGAAACCACAUUGAACUCCAAGCUGUUGUUGCAGGCUAUGAACGCAUAUACCUGACUGAAUGGCUGAAGGUCACCCCUGUCCGCGCUCUUGAGGAUCUUCUCCUUGAUCGGUACCAAGAUAAACAUGCUGCGCUCAAGGCUAGGCUGAAGCUCGAGGCCCUCAAGGGCCAAACAUGGAGGUCAUCCAUGCAGGCUUUGGAACAACACUUGACUGGUCUGUUCACCACUCCGGAUCUGGGAAUGACUGACGUGUCUUGUAUGGAUGUAGUCAUGGGAGUGACCCCUAAGGAAUAUCUCUCCCUGCUAGCACUCAAAGACCAUACCACCUGGCGAGAGCUCAUGAAGGACCUAGUCAACCUAGAGGCCAAGGACCUCGCCAGGCGCAAGAAGGCGCCCGCUGCAGGUGGGAAACCACAACGCAAGCGGUUUGGAAGCAGCAACCAGCUUGCACUGCAUGAUCAUCGGGAGGCUGAAGAUCAGUCCUAUACGAAUGAUCUGUCCCUAGAUGACGAUCUAGAGCCGGACUCCGAUACGGGCUUGUUGGCUGAACAUCGCGGAGUUCCCGAGCGUCCACUCAAGCACAAAAUCGAGAUAGUAGAAGGGAGUGUUCCUCCAAAGGGUUGCGUCUACCGUAUGGGACAAGGCGAGUUGGAGGAGCUGCGAAGACAAAUUGAUGACAUGAUUGAUCGUGGAUGGAUUAGGGCUAGCGAGUCUGAAUUUGGCGCACCUGUCUUGUUUGUGCCGAAGAAAGGAGGCAAACUCCGUAUGUUCAUUGAUUAUCGUGGCUUGAAUCGGAUCACAAGGAAAAAUGCCUACCCUUUGCCUCGUAUAGAUGACCUGUUAGAUGCGGCCGGUGGUUGCAAAGUCUUCUCCAAGAUCGACCUCAAGUCUGGCUACCACCAGAUUGAAGUUGAUCCGAGCGACCAGCACAAGACUGCAUUCAAGACACGCGAUGGGCUGUACGAAUUCAUCGUUAUGCCCUUCGGUCUUACGAAUGCACCAGCCACAUUUCAGUGGCUCAUGGAUAAGGUACUCCGCCAUCAGCUUAACAGGUUUGUGGUUGUAUAUCUUGAUGACAUUCUGAUUUUCAGCAAGUCCAUGGAUGAGCACAUCAAACAUCUCGAGGAGGUUUUGCAAGUCCUCAAAGAAGCUCAACUGCACGUCAACUUAGAAAAAUCUGAGUUUGGUAGGGACAGUGUCAUCUAUCUCGGACACCGGUUGUCUGCAAACGGCCUUGAGCCGGAGGCAACCAAGGUGGAGGUCAUUCGCGACUGGCCUCAACCGGCGAAUGUACGCGAGCUGCGUUCUUUUCUUGGUUUGGCUUCUUAUUACCGGAAGUUUGUACCCAGAUUUUCUGUUAUUGCUCACCCACUCUCGAGACUAACACGUAAGAAUGUUGCUUAUGUGUGGUGUGAGAAAUGUGAGACUGCGUUCCAAGCCUUGAAAGAGGCUUUGGUUUAUUCAGAUCAUCAGACCUUGCAGUGGAUUAAGACGCAAACUGAUCUUUCUCCAACGCUGACCCGCUGGCUGCAUGACAUUGAUGUCUUUAACUUUGAACUAAGACAUAAGAAAGGUUGUUAUAACCGUGUUGCUGAUGCCCUGUCGCACCAUCGUGAGUAUUUGACUUGCCUGGUGGAUUCGUAUGACCUCUGCAGGAAACUGAAGAAGGAUCUGGUCGAACACACCGCCAAGGAUCCGGACCUUAGUCCCAUCCUUGAGCAGCUCAAGGCUGACCCUCACAACCAGCCUGAUUUUCAUGAAUGCGAUGGUCUUGUAUUCCGCCGGUACGAAAAGUUUGAUCGAUUGUGUGUUCCCAACCAUGCGCCUCUCCGGACUCAUUUCCUGGAUUURGCACAUGGUCGGAGUGGACAUUUCGGCUUUGAAAAGACAUAUGGAAGUCUUUUGCAACAAUUUGAUUGGCCGGGAAUGAAGGGAUCUGCUCAGAAAUUUAUUGCCGAAUGCCAAGUUUGCCAAAGAACCAAGGUCCGCAGGCAUAAGCCCUACGGCCUGCUGAAACCCCUCCCAAUUCCUAAUGGGCUCGGGGAGUCGGUUUCUAUCGAUUUCACGGACAUGGGAAAGGUGAGUGCGGCACGGAACUCUCAAGUCAUGGUCAUUGUGAAUCGCUUUUCUAAAUUUCUGAAUUUGAUUCCUCUACCUCCUCAUGCACCAACUGAACUGGUGAUCGAAGAGUUUCACCGGCAGUACAUUCUGCAGUAUGGGCCCCUGAAAACUCUUGUGAGUGAUUGGGACACCCGUUUCAUUAGCGCUGAUUGGAAGGACUUCACCUCUCAGAUCUACGACAUCAAACUCAACAAGACUUCUGGUCGACACCCCGAAGCCAAUGGAUUGGCCGAGGAGAUCAACCAGACCGUCAUCCAACUACUACGCGCAUUGAUCAUUCCAUAUCAGAACACUUGGGACAAGGAGUUGCACAAAGUAAAGGGACUGUAUAACAAUUUCAUUCAUUUUGCAAUUGGUGUGACAACAAACCAGCUGCAGUACGGAUGGCAGAUGCGUAAUCUGUUCCCCGAACGGUCACCUGGUCUGACGCCCGGCAUGCCUGGCUACAAUGCCAAAUACACACGCGUGCUCAAAACUGUUAUCGCAGCCAUGAACAAGCGUCAGCAUGCCAUGGUCAAACAUGCUAACAAGUUGCGCAAAGAAGCAAAGUUUCAAGUAGGGGAUUAUGUCUGGGUCAAAAUGUCUGAGUUCUCUGAUGAAGAGGGCGUAUCACGGAAGCUUCUUCCAUUGUACUAUGACCCAUGGCAGAUUCUGAAGGUGAUUGGUGAUGACUUUGGCCCUUCUUAUGUGAUUGAUGUGCCUCCUCACCUGCGCACAUAUCCGGUCUUUCAUGCGUCCAAACUGUUCCCGCACAUUGAUGAUGAGACUUUUCCUUUCCGAGACCCUAUGAUACCUCGCGCUAUCGACGGCGGCCAUGAGAUAGACUGAAUCGUUUCUCACGAGGGAAGAGGGAGAAACAGACAAUACAAGGUUCACUUCCUCUAUCACCCGCUGAACGAAUUUUUCUGGAUCGACCGGAGAGAACUGCUGAAGAGUGCUCCACGUGUUGUGAACGCAUACGAACGACAGAUUGUUGAUGGGCAGACCGCUAAGUUUUCUGCAAAACUCACUCCCUACGGUCUCACCAAAUCUCUCUUUCUGAUCUACGCCUAUGAUGCCUUUUGUGCCGACUCUGAAUGAGUUACUCGCUCGAAGGGACCUUGCUCUUGAGAGGGGGGUAGUGUAAUGACCCGCCAAAAACACAGACUGAGAACACUGCCGAUUUCUGGGAUUUGCCACUGGAAUGAAUGCCUUGCUGUGAU